GUACUUCCACAUACCUGCCACUGGGAGGCCUGUUUAAAAACAGAGGAAAGUGAAAGUACUGAGCAGAAGCUCGUCAAGCAGAGACAGAGAGUGAAGAGAAAGAGGAACAAACAUGUCUGCGUCCAAGUACCAAACUCUAGUGCCAGAAGAACCAGAACUGAGGAUUGUUCUUGUUGGAAAAACUGGAGUUGGGAAGAGCGAGUCGGGAAACAUCAUCCUGGGAGAAAAGGUGUUUGAUUCCAAGAUCUCUUUCUCAUCAGUGACACAAAACUGUGAGAAGAAAACAGGAGAGUUUGGUGGCUUUAAGCUGACUGUUGUCGACACUCCAGGUCUUUAUGACACCAAGAAAAAGAAAGAAGAUGUGGUGAAGGAGAUCGGACGAUGCAUCUCGUUCUCUGCCCCUGGUCCUCAUGUGUUCCUGGUUGUGAUCCAGGCUAACAGAUUCACAGAAGAAGAACAACAAACAGUGAAGAUCCUUCAGAAGAUGUUUGGAGAAGACGCCAACAACUACAUGAUGGUGCUGUUCACCCAUGGGGACGUAGUGAGAGGAUCUGGAGUCUCAAUACAGGAUUUAAUAAAUGGAAGCGAACCAGUGAAGAAGUUUGUCCGCCAGUGUAAGGGAGGAUACCACUUGUUUGACAACACUAGUCAAGACAUGAUUCAGGUCAGUGAGCUGGUCAGGAAAAUAAACACAAUGGUCCAGAACAACGGAGGAACCUUCUACACCCAUACCAUGUUUGAAGAGGCAGAGAGAGCCAUAGAAGAAGAGAAGAAGCGUCUGAUGGAGCAAAAUCCAAACAUGAGCUCCAGUGAAGCCAGGUCCAGAGCUGAACGAGACAAUCCCUUCAUCCGGGUUUUAAGGAGGGGUGGAGUUGGUCUCUUUGUUGGGGCCACAAGUGGAGCUGGUCUUGGAGCUGGGGUAGGUGCAAUUUUUGGUGGAGUUGGAGCUGUACCAGGAGCUGCAGUGGGAGCUGUAGGAGGAGCUGCAGCAGGAGCACCAGGAGCUGCAGUGGGAGGUGUAGUAGGAGCUGUAGGAGGAGCUGCAGCAGGAGUGUUCAGGAAUGAACACAGCCUCAGGGUGGUGCUGGUGGGUCAGGAGAGAGUGGGCAAGAGUUCAGCAGGAAACACCAUCCUGGGCAAGGAGACGUUUGACUGUAGGUUCACCAUGACACCUCUGACACUGACAAGUCAGGAGGACAGUGCUAUGGUUCUGGGUCGCAGAGUGUCGGUGGUGGACACUCCUGGUCUCUUCAGUUCCCAGCUGUCUGAAGGUCAAGUGAAGGCUGAACUGGAGCGGGCCGUGGAGCUGAGCUCUCCAGGUCCUCACGUCUUCCUCCUCUGUGUCCAGCUGGGGAGGUUCACUGAGCAGGAGCGGAAGGGUCUGCAGAUGCUGGAGAAGAUUCUGUGUCCUGGUGUCUGUAAACACACCAUGAUCCUGUUUACCUAUGGAGACAGGCUGGAAGGCAUGGACAUUGAUGAGUUUGUCCAAGGAGACCAGAACCUGCUGAAGGUUCUAAAGAGGUGCAGCGGCCAGUACCAGGUGGUCAACAACAGGGAGGUGGAGAACAAGGAUCAGGUAGAAGAGCUGCUGAGGAAAGUAGAGCAAGUCUCCCAGAGGGGGCGCUAUUUCUACACAAAGAGUUCUCAGUUACAGAUUCUCAUGCGCCAAUUUAGAGGAUCCCUUCAGUCCGCUCUGCACUGGUGUUUCAACAAAAAAGUUAUUGUUUGUUUUUCUGCCAUCCUCCUCAUCUUCUCUGUCUCCAGACGGUUCUGGACCUCAGGAGAGCAGAACUGAUACUAAGAAGUGGUUGGUAGGGUGAGGCUAAUACAUUCAUCCUAAUAAAUCUUUGGCUUUUCUUGGUUCAGUCUAUUGUCAAGUUGUUUUGUUCCAAUAAAACCGUAAACUUGUUUAACAUUUUGAUUAAA